UCCCGGAACCAAGGAAUGGAUGACUACAAGUAUCAGGACAACUAUGAGGGGUAUGCCCCCAAUGAUGGCUAUUACCGUGGCAAUGAGUCCAACCCAGAGGAGGAUGCACAGAGCGAUGUUACAGAAGGCCACGAUGAGGAGGAUGAGAUCUAUGAAGGCGAGUACCAGGGCAUCCCUCACCCAGAUGAUGUCAAGGCCAAGCAGGCCAAGAUGGCACCCUCCAGGGCAGAUGACCUUCGGGGCCAGACUGACCUGAUGGCCGAGAGGAUGGAAGAUGAGGAGCAGUUGGCCCACCAGUACGAGACCAUCAUUGAUGAGUGUGGCCACGGGCGUUUCCAGUGGAUCCUCUUUUUUGUCUUGGGUUUGGCUCUGAUGGCUGAUGGAGUGGAGGUGUUCGUGGUGAGUUUUGUCCUGCCCAGUGCAGAGAAGGACAUGUGUCUGUCCAGUUCCAAAAAAGGAAUGCUUGGGCUGAUAGUCUACCUAGGAAUGAUGGCUGGGGCCUUCGUCCUAGGGGGCCUGGCUGAUAAGCUGGGGAGAAAGAAAGUCCUCAGCAUGUCUCUGGCCCUCAACGCCUCCUUCGCCUCUCUCUCCUCCUUCGUCCAGGGAUAUGGAGCCUUCCUCUUCUGCCGACUCCUCUCAGGCAUAGGGAUAGGGGGUGCUCUGCCCAUUGUUUUUGCCUAUUUUUCGGAAUUCUUAUCUCGGGAGAAGCGAGGAGAACACCUUAGUUGGCUGGGCAUCUUCUGGAUGACGGGGGGCAUCUAUGCAUCUGCCAUGGCCUGGAGCAUCAUUCCACACUAUGGCUGGGGCUUCAGCAUGGGCACCAACUACCACUUCCAUAGCUGGAGAGUGUUUGUCAUCAUCUGCGCACUGCCCUGCACCGUGUCCAUGGUGGCUCUGAGGUUCAUGCCAGAGAGCCCGAGGUUCCUGCUGGAGAUGGGCAAACACGACGAAGCCUGGAUGAUUCUCAAGCAAGUCCAUGACACCAACAUGAGGGCGAAGGGGGCCCCGGAGAAGGUGUUCACAGUUUCCCACAUCAAAACUCCCAAGCAAAUGGAUGAAUUCAUUGAGAUCCAGAGUUCAACAGGAACUUGGUACCAACGCUGGCUGGUCAGGUUCAAGACCACUUUCAAGCAGGUCUGGGAUAAUGCUCUGUACUGUGUGAUGGGGCCCUACAGGAUGAACACGCUGAUUCUGGCUGUGGUCUGGUUCACCAUGGCUUUAAGCUACUAUGGACUGACAGUUUGGUUCCCUGAUAUGAUCCGGUAUUUUCAAGAUGAAGCAUACAAGUCCAAAAUGAAGGUGUUUUUCGGUGAGCACGUGUAUGGCGCCACCAUCAACUUCACGAUGGAGAAUCAGAUUCAUCAACGUGGGAAACUUGUGAAUGACAAGUUCACAAAGAUGUACUUUAAACAUGUACUUUUUGAGGACACAUUCUUUGACGAGUGCUAUUUUGAAGACGUUACAUCUACUGAUACCUAUUUCAAAAAUUGCACCAUUGAAUCGACCAUCUUCUACAACACAGACCUCUAUGAGCAUAAAUUCAUCAACUGCCGGUUUAUCAACACUUCCUUUCUGGAGCAGAAGGAGGGCUGCCACAUGGACUUUGAGCAGGAUAAUGACUUCCUGAUUUACCUCGUCAGCUUCCUCGGCAGUCUGUCUGUGCUGCCUGGGAACAUCAUUUCUGCCCUGCUCAUGGAUAGAGUUGGAAGGCUCAAGAUGAUUGGUGGCUCCAUGCUAAUCUCGGCGGUCUGCUGCUUCUUCCUGUUUUUUGGCAACAGCGAGUCUGCGAUGAUUGGCUGGCAGUGCCUGUUCUGUGGGACCAGCAUUGCCGCCUGGAAUGCUCUGGAUGUGAUCACGGUGGAGCUGUAUCCCACCAACCAGAGGGCGACAGCCUUUGGCAUCCUUAAUGGAUUAUGCAAAUUUGGCGCCAUCCUGGGAAACACCAUCUUUGCUUCUUUUGUUGGGAUAACCAAAGUGGUUCCCAUUCUUCUGGCCGCUGCAUCUCUCGUUGGGGGUGGCCUGAUUGCUCUUCGGCUGCCAGAGACCCGAGAACAGGUCCUGAUGUGA